CUGAUGCAAUUGAGUUGCCCAUCAAGCAUAGGAGAUCUGCGUUUUAAUCUACUGUAAGAAGAGCAACCAUACGCAACGAGACAUGGUUCGACUGCUUGUUUUGGUCAACUCCGUGGUCCUGUUGCUUUUUGGCAGCGACAUGUUUUUGGUAGGAGCAAACCGGCCCCCUGCUCCCGUCAAUGUGUCCGUCAUGCACCUGCGGGCCGACUCGGCAACUGUAUCCUGGGAGGUUCCAGAGGGAGAUAUAAUAAUUGGCUUCUCGAUCUCGCAACAGAGGCAGGAAGGACAUACGCUGCGAUUUAUUCGGGAAGUCAACACCACCAGCCGCUCUUGUGUCCUUUGGGACCUAGAGGAGGAGACAGACUACAUCAUUCAGGUCCAGUCAAUUGGCCUCUAUGGGGAAAGCCAAGCCAGCAAGAAGGUCCAUUUCCGCACCCUCAAGAAGACAGACCGCUUUCCCUCCAACAGCUCCAAUCAAGAUGACCCCACUGUGCAGGGCCUGGACAAGUCCCGGCAUCUACAAACAGGAGAGAUGAUCAUAAUUGUGGUGGUCUUGCUCAUGUGGGCAGCUGUUAUUGCCCUGUUCUGCCGGCAGUAUGACAUCAUCAAGGACAAUGACUCCAGCAACAGUAAGGAGAAGGCCAAGCCGUCAUCAGAGAGGAGCACGCCGGAGCACCACAGUGGUGGGCUGCUGAGGAGCAAGUUCCAUCCUUCUGUGCCGUCUAUCAACAUCAUCGAAGUUUGAGAAGAAGGAAUUCCUCUCUCUCUAAUACCAUCAAUGCAUUUCCAC